AUGAAGCUCGAGGUGGUUGAAUUCGAAACUCUUAAGCCUGCCGGGCCACUCAAGGUCAUACUUUUAGAAGACGUCGAAGGAGUAGGACACCAGUUUGACGUUGUUGACGUGGACAGGAGGUUGGCACGGUCAGACCUUCUUUUGACAAGAAAAGCUGUCUAUGCUUCACCCUUCGAUCUGGAAUAUUACGGCCAGAUUAAAAAGGAGAUGGCAGAUGAACUUGCGAAGAAAGUACGGAUUCCUUAUGAGUACAUUUGUAUUGGCCGAGACCUUCAGGCUAUUGUCGUUCCAAUAAGAGUCAGUAUAGAGAACAAAUGGACCAUUGACAGGCAAAUUCUGAAGACUUCUCUGAGACUAAUCGGUAUCGAUAUGACAGACGAUGCUAUAUUCUUUGAUGAUGCUAUUAGUGGUCCUAAUUUCGAAAUCGAGGCUAAAUUAGUCCGGUUUUAUGUCGUGGUAUGUUCUUUUUUUUUCACGUUUCUACUUGUUUUCUAA